AUGGUUUUCAGAUCCCCUUUAGAGCUUUAUCCCACCCAUUUCUUUUUGCCCAACUUCACCGAUCGAACUCUGCUCCUGGCCAGCGGUAGCGGCAGCGUCAGCAGCAGCAACAGUGGCUCCCGAGCCCAAGAAGAGUUGUCCAUGUUUCAGCUGCCCACUCUCAACUUCUCCCCGGAGCAAGUGGCCAGCGUAUGCGAGACGCUGGAGGAGACCGGGGACAUUGAGAGGCUGGGGAGGUUCCUAUGGUCCCUACCGGUGGCACCAGGGGCAUGUGAGGCCAUCAACAAGCACGAGUCGAUCCUGAGAGCCAGGGCGGUGGUGGCCUUCCACACGGGCAACUUCAGAGACCUCUACCACAUCCUGGAGAACCACAAGUUCACUAAGGAGUCCCAUGGAAAGCUGCAGGCCAUGUGGCUAGAGGCUCACUACCAGGAGGCCGAGAAGCUUAGGGGUCGCCCCUUAGGACCAGUUGACAAGUAUAGGGUAAGGAAGAAGUUCCCCCUGCCCAGGACCAUUUGGGAUGGAGAACAGAAAACUCAUUGCUUCAAGGAGAGGACUCGAAGCCUCCUAAGGGAGUGGUACCUACAGGAUCCUUACCCCAACCCUAGCAAGAAAAGGGAAUUAGCCCAGGCCACCGGCCUGACACCAACACAAGUGGGCAACUGGUUCAAAAACCGAAGGCAAAGAGAUAGGGCAGCAGCUGCUAAAAACAGGCUUCAGCACCAGUCUAUUGGACAGAGCGGUAUGAGGUCGCUGGCAGAUCCUGGCUGCCCCACUCACAGCUCGGCAGAGUCUCCUUCUACAGCGGCGGCCAGUCCCACCACAAGUGUGUCCAGCCUGGCGGAGAGAGCUGAGACUGGGACAUCCAUCCUUUCGGUCACAUCCAGCGACUCAGAAUGUGAUGUAUGA